GGAGACGCAGCGCUGCGCUGUGUUAAACACUGCGGGACGCUCCCCAAACCGGCCCCCUCCGGCAGCCGCUUCUGCAGGCAGGGCUGGAGCCCGUCGCGGCCGGGGCUGCUGCCAGCACAGCCCUGCUCGGGCUUCUGUGCGUGCCAAUCCUGCGCUUGCCGCUGCCGUUCCCGUGCUUGCUGUUCCCGUGCCUGCCGUUCCCACGCUUGCUGCCACCAUUCCCACACUUGUUGUUCCCGUGCCCACCGUUCCCGCACCCGCUGGUCCUGUGCCUGCGGUGGCAUGGCUGCUGCUGCGCAGCUCCCUGCGCUGCAGCCUCGCUGCAAGAGUAAUCAUUAACCAGUGCCGGACUGGGGAGUCACAAGGUCGCUGGCAGAGCCGACACUGUGCCCAGUUGCACUGGUAACCUCCCUUGCGCUUGCCUCGCUGCCGGACGUGUGCAGAGCUCCCCUCGCCUUGCCCUGGCCCCCAGCCCUGCAGGGAUGUGGCUGUACCUGGCAGUGCUGGUGGGGCUGUACCUGCUGCACCGGUGGCACCGGGAGCGGCAGCGGGUGCCCAACCUGGCCGAGAAGUACGUGCUGAUCACGGGCUGCGACUCGGGCUUCGGGAACCUGCUGGCGCGGCAGCUGGACGCCCGGGGGCUGCGGGUGCUGGCGGCGUGCCUGACGGAGGCGGGGGCUGUGCGGCUGCGGGCGGCCGCCUCGUCCCGGCUGCAGACCAUCAUCCUGGACGUCACCUCCAGCGAGAGCAUCGCCGCCGCCGUCGCCUGGGUCGAGGAACGCGUCGGCGACAGAGGGCUCUGGGGGCUGGUGAACAACGCGGGCAUCGGCAUCCCCACCGCCCCCAACGAGUGGCUGCGCAAGGAGGACUUUGUGCGGGUGCUGAACGUCAACCUGGUGGGGCUGGUGGAGGUGACGCUGAGCUUCCUGCCCCUGGUGCGGCGCGCCCGGGGCCGCGUGGUCAAUGUGGCCAGUGUCAUGGGCCGGCUCGCCUUCUUUGGCGGUGGCUACUGCCCCUCCAAGUACGGCGUGGAGGCCUUCUCCGACAGCCUGCGACUGGAGAUGCGCCACUUCGGGGUGAAGGUCUGCAUCAUUGAACCGGGCUACUUCAGCACAGCUAUGACCAGCGCUCAGAUCCUUCACAAUAAUUUCCAACAUGUCUGGGAGAAGCUCUCGGAGGAAACCAGAGCAAGUUAUGGAGAGGCUUACUUCAAGAGUUCUUUAAAGCUAGUCCAGGAGCUGCAGAGUAUGUGCAGCUCCAACCUGUCCUUGGUCACGGACUGCAUGGAGCACGCGCUGACCAGCCAGCAUCCUCGCACCCGCUACUCGGUGGGCUGGGAUGCCAAGCUGCUAUACCUGCCCCUCAGCUACCUGCCGUCGGCCUGGGCAGACGCCGUGCUCACCUGGUCCUACCCCAAACCCGCCCCGAGAACUCCAUAGGCAUCUGCUGGCAGGAGCAUCCUGGGCCAGGCACAUUGGCAGGGGCCCAGUGUCUCUGUAGAAGCACCUGAAUUUCCAGUUAUUCGAUGCACAUCUCAUGACAACAAGCUGUCACCUGCCAGUGAACCCGUCCGAAUCGGUCGCUCUGAGUCCUGGCCCGGCGGGACUCCGUUUCCAGCCUUGCCCAGGCACACCGGCAGCUGCUGCGGGAGAGCCUGGGACGGACGGUGUCAGGAGCAGUGAACCCUGAUGCACAUUAAUGGGGGAUUGUGGUUGCUUUUGCCUCAGUGACUCUUUUCUGGCCCGUUCACUGGGUGUUGGGGUUUAACAUGUGAAUAAAAGCAAGACAUGCA